GAUCUUACUUUUAACAUUAAAUGAUGAAGAGAAAGCUCUAUUAAAACCUUUUAAAAUCGCAUUUCCACGUUGUCGCCCCAAACCACUAUUUGAAUAUGUAAAUUAUAUCGUAUCUGUUAGCGAUUGGUUGUAUAUUGGGAUUAGAGAUUGGCUUGGUUCUAAAAAAUAUAAAACAGGAG